CCCGGAUGUUAGCUAUUCAGAGAGAAAGACGAACGAGCGAGAGAGAGGCGGAGAAGCUAGGAGACGCCACGGACAAACCGGUAAAGGGAUUGCGGGUCUCAAACCCACGAUAAACACGGAGAGCUGAGGCUCAUUUCGAGGAGAGAGAGGGAGCUGUGAUCGAAAAAAGGAAGGGGACGCCUAACUUUGACAGACCUGCACUGGCCUCCAGUAGCGGACACGAGCCUGGGUUUCAUUUUUGAGUGACGCCGACAAAAACAGUGAUCUGAGGGAGCCCCUUCAUUCUCACCGCACCGGAUCGUCACCCCUCCUUCGCCGCCGACACUCAACCUGCCAUCAUGACGUCGGAGCUGGAGAGCAGCUUGACCUCCAUGGACUGGUUGCCGCAGCUGACCAUGCGGGCAGCCAUUCAGAAAGCAGACGCCCAGAACACUCACGGGCCAGGCAUGGCUAAGAAGAGCGCCCUGCUGGACCCCAACACCACACUGGACCAGGAAGAGGUGCAGCAGCACAAGGACGGCAAACCGCCGUACAGCUACGCCAGCCUCAUCACGUUCGCCAUCAACAGCUCGCCAAAGAAGAAAAUGACACUGAGCGAGAUCUACCAGUGGAUCUGUGACAAUUUCCCCUAUUACAGGGAAGCCGGCAGCGGGUGGAAGAACUCAAUACGGCACAAUCUCUCGUUGAACAAGUGUUUUCUUAAAGUGCCUCGCUCCAAAGAUGACCCAGGAAAGGGUUCCUACUGGGCAAUCGACACAAAUCCAAAGGAGGACACGCUGCCCACACGACCCAAGAAGAGGCCACGGUCUGGAGAGCGGGCAUCUACGCCAUACAGCCUGGAGUCGGAUAACUUAGGAAUGGACUGCAUCAUCUCUGGAAGUGCCUCUCCAACGCUGGCAAUCAACACUGUGACUAACAAGGUGGCAUUGUACAACCCUGACCAGGAGGGGAGUGACAGCCCUCGAAGCAGCCUUAACAAUAGCCUAUCUGAUCAGAGUCUGGCCUCUGUUAAUCUCAACAGCGUGGGCAGCGUGCACAACUACACACCGGUGUCGAGUCAUCCAGAACCGGUGUCCCAGUCCAUGGGCUUGCAGCAGGCCCCUCAGGCCCAGUACAGCAUACCGGACCGGGACAAGCAGCUGCUCUUCUCCGACUUCGAAGAUCUCAGUGCCUCCUUCCGCAGCCUUUACAAGACUGUGUUUGAGCAGUCCUACAGCCAACAGGGUCUGAUGGGAAUGCCCUCGGAGUCGUCCCAGCAGACCCACACCUCCUGCUCUUACCAACACUCCCCCAGCAGCACCAUCAGCACCCACCCUCAUAACAACCAGAACAGCAUCACUAACUCUCACCCCAACAACAUCCCCAACAGCGGUAGCCAGGUGCCUCUCUCCCACCCCCCUCACUCAGCCCACAACUCGCCCCACGGACAGCACCUCUCCCAGCAUGGCCCUCACACCCAGCACAGCCAGCACCCGCACACGGCGCAUAGCCAGCACAGCCAACAUCCCCAGCACAGCCAACACAGCCAGCACGGGCAGCAUCCCUCCCAGCACCAGGCCCACGGCCAGCACACGGCACAGCAACAGCAGCACCCGAAUCUCUCCCACCAGCCUCAUCCUGCCCAGCAACAGAUGCAGUGCAACACCGGUCUUCCCAGUGACUGGUACCCCAACCUGGAUGCGCUGAAAGAAAGCUGCCGCAUCGCCAGCAGCUACAACUGGGCUGAUGUGGAUCUGUCACCCUUCCAAGGUUUGAAAGAGAGCAUGAGGCAGGCGGAGCUGAAUAACUGGUCUCUCGAGCCCACUCAGAUGGCAGACCUCUGCUCUUCCAUCAAUCAGUUCUUUGCUCGCACUGGAAUCCAGCCACAGGGGGCAGUGCAGCCUCCAGUGUGCCACGGCUCCAUGCAUCCAAACAAGCCCAGCCCACACAUCAACACAGGAAACAUGUACAUGGAUUCGAGACAGAGCUUGAGUUCUAUGAUGGGUCCGCCGGGAUAUCCUCACAUGCCGCCCAUGAGCAGCGCUGGCCCCACUAUGACAGGCCAUCACGCUCAGAUGAACCAGCAGCAUAUGAUGUCUGCUGGAAACUUCCAGAUGCGCCGCAUGCCCACCGACGACAUCCAGGACGACUUUGACUGGGACUCCAUCGUCUAACCCAGUCCCAGAACGCAAAGAGUGGUGCAGACAAAACGAGAGAGGAGCGUAUGGAGGCAGAGUGUUUGUGUUACAGAGCAAGAGGGCUGGACCUGAGGUGUCUGCAUGCCCGUGACAGAAGGCAGAUUGGAGCGGGACACUUGAAAAAUAGUGCAGGUGUUGUUCAUUAGGACCUGAAAGAGACUCCUGUGUUCCUGGUGUUUUUAUGAAACAAAAACAAACAAACAAAAAAAGAUAUUACUUUGAAGACAAUCACAUUUACUAGGACAUUUAAGUGAUCGCUUUUAUACUUGUCCAAGGGGCAAGUGGUUCAUGUUUAUGUCAAAUGUCUCCCAACCCACAGCCUUUCUACAAGCCCGCUCAAUUGCCAAGCUCUCGCCCCUGCUCUUCAACUGUUAUUCUGUGAUUUUCGCGUAAUAUGUCUGGCUUGUUCUCCCCUCUCAUGGUGACUAACUCAGGCCUUGACUGCCUAUCAGACAAGAUUGGCUCCCUCAUUUGUGUUGUGAAACUUCCUCUGAGAUGCAGGGCACUUUUCAGAAGAGAGCCUAUGGUGCAGGUAACCUGACACUCAAAGCACCUACCGUUGUUCUCUCUGGUCAUUCAGGCACAAGUAGCCCCUUUUUUCUUUCUUUUUUUGCUCCUCUGACCCUACACACUGUAACAUGUCGAAGUCGCCAUGCAUCCGAUUCCGAUUCUAGCAGAUUUAUUUACUGAUCGUUAAGGCUCGUAAUGAAACGUGUAAACCACAUUACCUGCAGUAUUUGUACUUGUGUAUCUUUGCUGCCUGAAGUGUGUCAUGUUUUUUUGUCACUAAUAGUUUUAGGCAAGUCUAAACGUGUGCGUCAGAAAAUGAUAUCGAUCCAGACCUCACUAUUAACGUUUUCCCUAAACGCUUCAAGUUUGCAUGUACAAUCCUCAUUCUGUCAACUAUCACCCGUCAAACUGCAGUCUCCCAAUUGGACUGCAUUGCUUUUAAGUUCGUUUAAAGCCCUCAGGACCUGCCACUGAAACUUUCAUGCAUUGUUUAGGAGCAGACCGGAGAUUUGUGGGAUAACGGAGAGCCCUGUUCACAUUCAGAAAUCAUCCUGCUGUGUGGCUCUUUACAGCAGCGUUGAGAAGGAGAUGAAAUCACGUCAAGGCACAUUUGCUUAAUGGUCCGCAAUAAAAGAGCCCUCUUUAUUUUAACCCUAGGACCAACCGACAUGAAAUCGCUUGCUCUUUACUGCACUGACAAGGACUUUUUGCAGAGAGCGUACCCUCACUUUAGCUGUUGCUUUUGGACGCUGGGUGUAGCGUAAUACCGAGAGAAAGGAGAUGACUGAAAUAUUUAGAUACACUAAUAGCCUUAUGUUGGAGGAAUGUUAACUGCUGCGUUUGAAAUUCUGCUACUAAAGUCUUGCAAAGUUUAAAAUCACACACAUUCACACUGUCCUUCAAAAUCGACCAGGAACUAGACUGUAACUACGUCUUGCUCUAUCAAGCGUAGCCCAACUAUCGCUGUAAUUACUACAUACUACAGUCUAUAUUUUUUAAACGUUUAGUUGAAAGUGUCUGCUAGCAUAACAAACCACAGUGUCAUUUUAUUAUAUCAGCGAUAUUAUGGAAUGUGUUUGUGCAAUAUAAUUAAUUUAGGGCUAUCAGUGAUUACAAUCAUCUCUUUUGAAGAGCACAAAACGAAUGCACAGGAUGUGGACUAGACUAGCGGAACCCAAAUUAGAAAUAGGUGCAGGCUGUUGACCUUUAGCAGGGUAUAUAUCAGUGAAAAGUAGCACUUCGAUUAGACCAAAUUCUAGAGAGAAGUGCUGAUUUCGAAAAGCCAUUAAGUGCGUUUGAAAAGGGAAGGAGUGGAUCUGUUUCUCAUAGCUUGAAUGUUUACGCACUCCCGAGUCUCCUUGGCUUCCAGUAGUUUUCAGUCAUCUUAUGGGAUUUGUUUUAUUAUUUAUCAAAGUGUACGUGCAAAUAGACUUGUAAAAGUGAAAUGAUCUAAUGACAGUUGUUUUUGUCCUUUUUGUAUUUCAGUAUUAUAAACUCUCAAACAAAGUAUUUACACUAGUCAUUGACAUGUAUUGGCCUUUGAUCCCUAAGGCCCUUAAUGUCAUGGAUCCAUGAACCCUACUUAACGGUUUGUCAUAUACUGUAUGUCCUUCUAAUAUCAUGAACAUGUGUCGCAUUACAACCUCAAAAUCAGAAAGGGAAAAAAGAAAUAGUUUUGCUUAGAGGCAUCUAUUUUUUAAG